AUGCUACCGCUUUCUCUGUUAAACACUGCUCAGGGGCACCCAAUGCUUGUAGAAUUGAAAAAUGGGGAAACGUUUAAUGGACAUUUGGUAAAUUGUGAUAAUUGGAUGAAUUUGACCCUACGAGAAGUCAUACAAACCUCACCGGAAGGCAACAGAUUUUGGCGAUUACCCGAAUGUUACAUUAGAGGAAACACCAUUAAAUAUCUCCGCGUGCCAGAUGAGAUUAUAGAGAUGGUAAAAGAAGAUGCCUUUAGGCAACGACAAGCUUCUAGUGGUGGAAGUCGUGGACGUGGAGCUCGUGGAAACACUGGGCGCGGGAGAGAAGGAAAUGCUAGGGGGCGCAGUGGUGGAGGUGGGCGAGGAGGAAAGUUCUAA